CAGGCUACUGCUGUCAAUGAAAUGACUCGCCUAUGAAAACGCAGCUGUAGGGCCGCUGGAUCGCGCGUUUCAGACGCCCACUGGCGCUAAUUCGUGCGUCUUUCUCUUUAAGGAGCUCCUGGCUGUCCGUGCCCGUGAGAGCCUUCCCCCUUUUUGCGCUCCCCUCCCCAAACCCACGGUGCCUGAGUGUGUGUGCAUGACCGACGCACAAUAACAAAAACUGCUCCCCGCGCCGCAGCUCUGCCGAAACGCAAACGGACCUCGCAACAGCCGCCCCGCGUUCGGUUCGGACAUGAUCCCGGUGAUCCGGAGAUGAGGCUCCGAAAUGGCACCUUCCUAACGGUCUUGUUGUUCGGUCUGUGCGGAUUCAUAUCGCUCUCUUGGUACACCGCAUUCAGCAAUUCUAAAGGUGAUGUGGUGGAUAUUUACCAGCGGGAGUUUCUGGCUCUGAGGGACCGCCUUCACUCAGCAGAGCAGGAGAACCUGAAACGAUCCAAAGAGCUGAACCUGGUCCUGGACGAGAUCAAAAGAGCCAUCGCAGAGAAGCAGGCGCUCAGGGACAUCAACCGUACCUGGAGCGCUCUGUCAGAUGAGACCAAGCUGAAGCUGUGGAACGUCACGGCCAGUAAGAAUGUUCUGCAGCUGCCCAGCAUCUUCCACCACCUGCCCCACCUGCUGGCCAAGGAGAGCAGCCUGCAGCCGGCCGUGCACGUGGGCCAGGGCCGCACAGGAGUGUCGAUAGUGAUGGGCGUGCCCAGUGUGAAGAGGGAGGUGCACUCGUACCUGACGGACACGCUCAGCUCGCUGAUGUCGGAGCUGAGCCCUGCAGAGAGGGAGGACUGCGUCAUCGUGGUGUUCAUCGCAGAGACGGAUCAGCAGUAUGCCAACGGAGUAGCUGACAACCUGAAGCGACUAUUCCCAGCAGAGAUCCAGUCUGGGCUCCUGGAGAUCAUCUCUCCCUCUGUGCACUUCUACCCAGAUUUCUCACGUCUGAAGGAGUCGUUUGGCGACCCAAAGGAGAGGGUGAGGUGGCGCACGAAGCAGAACUUGGACUACUGUUUCCUGAUGAUGUACGCACAGUCCAAGGGAACUUACUACGUGCAGCUGGAGGAUGAUAUUGUGGCACGGCCAAACUACUUCACCACCAUGAAGAACUUCGCCCUGCAGCAGCCAUCCGAGGACUGGAUGAUCCUGGAGUUUUCCCAGCUGGGCUUCAUCGGCAAGAUGUUCAAGUCUCUGGAUCUGUCUCUGAUCGUGGAGUUCAUGCUGAUGUUCUACAAGGACAAACCCAUUGACUGGCUGCUGGACCACAUCAUGUGGGUGAAGGUCUGCAACCCAGAGAAGGAUGCUAAACACUGUGACAGACAGAAGGCAAACCUGCGGAUCCGUUUUAAGCCAUCGCUCUUCCAGCAUGUGGGAACGCACUCCUCCCUGGCCGGGAAGAUCCAGAAACUGAAGGAUAAGGACUUUGGGAAGCAGACCCUCCACAAGGGUCAUGCCAACCCGCUGGCGGAGGUGACCACCAGUCUGAAGACCUACCAGCACUUCACUCUGGAGAAAGCCUACCUGGGAGAGGACUUCUUCUGGGCCUUCACUCCGGUCGCCGGGGACUUCAUCCGAAUCCGCUUCUUCACCCCUGUCCGCAUCGAGAGGUAUUUCUUCCGCAGCGGAAACAUCGAACACCCAGGCGACAAACUUUUCAACACCACGGUGGAGGUCCUGCCCUUUGAUAACAUCCAAUCAGAGAAGGAGGCGCUGAAGGAGGGGCGAGAGAAAACGCCGAAGUACCAGCGCACAGAGGAUGGCUUCAUCCGCAUCGGAACAUUCCAGAACGGCAUCGCAGAGGGGGAGGUGGACCCCACCUUCGGACCGCUGGAGGCUCUGAGACUCUCUGUGAUGACAGACUCGCCCGUGUGGGUCAUCCUGAGUGAGAUAUUCAUUAAAAAGGCGGAGUGAAUGACAUCAGGCUGCUAUACCUCUACUUUAACUGACCGUUCGGCGGAGGACUGGAGCCUUUGCAGCAACUCAAGUUUCUAGUUUCACUGGCGCGGUCUGAGCGCGCCACCUGCUGGCAAGACGCUGGUAUAACAGGAUCAUUUGGCAAUGCCAGCCGACCCGUCGAGGACCUGCACGGCUCGCGGGGGACAGACGGCGCUGUUUUGUAAACUGUACUUAUGUGUAUAUACGUUCAUGUUUCCGCAAUUGUAAUUACACUGGUGAUUGUUGAUGGGCUUGCUGGAUUGUCUCGCCCUGUUAUAAAUUAAUGAAAGUGCUGCUUGGAAUGGACGACUUAGCUACCGAUAUACCCACUGGCCAUGAGUCUGAUUGCAUCGCCUUUGAAAAUGAAACCGUUUUUUGAAUUGUUAAAUAAUGUCAGACCAUUUUUUAAGUCCUGGUUUUGCCAAAUUAUAAUCGGUAUUUAUGAUAUUGAAAUAAAUAUGCAGAUAUACAUAUGUAGGUGUACACACAUAUAAAUGUAAUUAUGUCAAUAUAUAUGUGUGUUUGUAUGUAUAUACAGGCUGUGGUAACAUAAAUUUCUGCUUCCAGACUAGGUCUAGAACAACUUCAAACUUUUUUCAGUGGGUGUGUGAGGCAUGGGCCUCAUGAGAAAGAGUUUUAUAUGCUCACAGCAGCUGUAUGAUUAACAGUCCUACAUUACAGCCCCCCCCCCCACCCCGUGAAACAUGCUGGUUAUUAAUAUUCAACUUGGUUUAAUUUGACAUGACCAUUUAUGUAAAUGAUGUUUUUUCUGAACUCGUGAUUUGCCUUAAUGCGAUAUCAAGCAAACAGGAUGCAGACAGAUUGCUCAGAUAUGUGAUGCCUUUAGUUCCAGGCAAGGAGAUGUUUCAUAAAACGAGAUAAAGACCUCCAAAGUAGCUUUAGGGAACGGAAGGAAAAUGGGUUCUGUUUCUAACUAAACAUGAUUUUAUUAUCAUUUUAUGGUUAUGAACAUAAUUCACUUGGCUGUCUAAUUUUGGGGAAAACGCAUUUGAGAGUGACCAGGGUGUUCCUGACAUUUCCAUAUCAUGUUUAUUUUGUAACCAA